GCGGCCGCAGGACACCGCACGUCCUCACUGGUGCGUGCGUGCAGCCACGCUGUGUUUUCACAUCUAGCAAUUGUUUACUUAAUUUUGGCCGCUCGGUGUCUCACACAAGGAUACGCACAUUCACAUCCUUGUUACUGUGUUCAGCCUGUAGGCAGUCCCGGUUGGCAUUGCCCACCAAGUCCCGCUAGUCUCAGCAACUCUGAUGUCUCUGAUUUUGCGACAUCCGCGCUGCCACAUGGUGGGUUUUGUUUUAGUCGCCGUUCUCUCCGCAACUUUCUCCGGACACUGAGGAACAGGUGGGGUGUAGCACCGAGGAGGAACUCCACAUUUUCACAUCAGCAAAGCCGGAGCAUGCACAAGGGGAAAGCGCGCGGCGUCGUCCCCUCUGCAGGAGCAACAGCUGAUUUGGUGAGCGCGUAAGCAGAGAGUGCAAGCUACUUACUGUCGGUGUACAGCCAGACUCCCGCUCUGUCACUCGGGCUCAGACGGUGACGGUGUCGGUGGCGCAGAGCGCGGCGACUCGGUGGACAUUACCGGGACAGACUGGAGAGAGCAGCGCGCACUGGCAAGCGAGCACAGUCUCGACACCGACCGAUUUUCAUGGAAAUACUACGAGUUGAAACCGAGCAUAAACAACUUGUAUGAAGAAGUCGGGCAGCAGGCGACUUGGAUUAUAUACGGCUCUGUCCUCCUUUGCCUUGACUGAGGAGAGUUGACUACAAAUCACAAAAAAUGUUUACCGGGCAACAGGCCGUGUAUUAGGGCUCUUUUGCUUCCGGUAUAAGGCCCAGCUGAACAAGAAACCGAGCAGUUUUCUCUCUCCCACACACUUUUUUUUGGAAGCCGAACUUUUGAGAGUGGAAAAUGGGUCUUUGAGAGUGUUGGCACAUUUCCCUACACCACAAUGGCAACCGAAACCUUUCUGUUGAACGAAGAACCCUCCAGAGGUCCUGGGAUGCCUGAAUGCUUUGUAGUAUCAGAUUCAUACAGGGAUGAAUUUCAUCCCUUCAUUGAGGCCCUCCUCCCCCAUGUCCGUGCCUUCUCCUACACCUGGUUCAACCUGCAGGCCCGUAAGCGCAAGUACUUCAAGAAGCACGAAAAGAGGAUGACCAAGGACGAGGAACGCGCGGUGAAGGACGAGCUGCUGGGGGAGAAGCCAGAGAUCAAGCAGAAGUGGGCCUCGCGCCUGCUGGCCAAGCUCCGCAAGGACAUCCGGCCAGAGUUCCGCGAGGACUUUGUGCUCACCAUCACGGGGAAGAAGGCCCCCUGCUGUGUGCUGUCCAACCCCGACCAGAAGGGCAAGAUCCGCCGCAUCGACUGCCUCCGCCAGGCCGACAAGGUGUGGCGGCUGGACCUGGUGAUGGUCAUCCUGUUCAAGGGCAGCCCCCUGGAGAGCACAGAUGGGGAGCGACUGGUCAAGUCGCCCCAGUGCUCCAACCACGGCCUGUGUGUCCAGCCGCACCACAUUGGAGUGGCGGUCAAAGAGCUGGACCUCUACCUGGCCUACUUCGUCCACUCACCAGACUUGGGCCCUUCCAGGCGGGGCAGUGAGAGCUGGGACAGAUCACAGCCGCUGUAUUCUGAUCUGCACUUCUGCUCUGCAGCUGUAAAGCAAGAUUCCACUACCAAACAGAGCCUGAACACACUCACUUUUGAACAAUCAGGACAAUCAGACAACACAAACCAGCAAGGAGAUGCAGACGUCAAGCCCCCACCAAAUGGCCACUUGAGUUUCCAGGACUGCUUUGUGACUUCAGGGGUGUGGAACGUUGCCGAGCUGGUCCGCGUGUCGCAGACCCCGGUGGCUACAGCGACCGGCCCCAACUUCUCCCUGGCUGACCUGGACAGCCCUGGCUACUACAAUAUCAACCAAGUGACCCUGGGGCGGCGAUCCAUCACCUCCACCCCCUCCACCAGCUCCAACAAGCGCAAGUCCAUUGACGACAGUGAGAUGGAGAGCCCGGUGGACGAUGUGUUCUACUCAGGCCGUUCCCCAGCGGCUGGCAGCAGCUCUCAGUCCAGCGGCUGGCCUAAUGAUGUGGAUGCAGUGCAACACCAUUUGGCCAGUGUGCAGGAGAGGAAGAUUAAGCAUGAGAGCGAUGGAGUGCAGUUUCCUUACCAUGGACUCUCAUCGCCUAGUUCUCUUAAGAAGCCGGGGAAAUUCGAUUUCAGCGCCCUGUCCUCCCAGACGAGGUCCCCCCGCAUGGCGUUCACCCACCACCCACUGCCAAUGCUGGCGGGAGUGAGACCAGGGAGUCCCCGUGCUUCAGCCUCGGCCCUGCACUUUCCUUCUCCCUCCAUCAUCCAGCAGUCUAGCCCUUAUUUCACCCACCCAACCAUCCGCUACCACCACCACCCUGGACAGGACCCCCUGAAGGAAUUUGUGCAGUUUGUCUGUGCUGAUGGCUCGGGGCAGGCCGCCGGACAGCCAAACGGGAGCGGCCAGAGCAAAAUGCCAGGCUCCUUCUUGCUGCCUCCACCUCCCCCAGUGGCCCGCCCAGUGCCCCUCCCUAUGCCCGACUCUAAACCCAACAGCACGCCCCCUGACGGCGGACUCUCCUCGCCCGCAUCUCCGUCAUACUCCACGCCAGGCGCCACAGCUCCCAACAGGUUUGUCGGCAUCGGAUCACGGGACAACAACUUUCUGAACAUCCCGCAGCAGACACAGUCUUGGUUCCUCUGACAAGACAUGUGUACAAACCAGCAACUACAAUUCUUUCUUUACAAUCAGAAGUAGAAAAACAGAGAAACAACCCACAGGAUAAUAACUGUCCUCCAACCAACCCACCGACCGGCCCUGACAGUACAUCUCAACAGAUACAAAAUACAGCCAAGCAAGGAAAUGCAGGAAAUUACAGCAGUGUGGCGCCUUUAGAGGAACUCUGGACUCAUUUACCCAGUCAGAGGGAGGACCCGUUUCGAGCAAAGAUGGAUAGACGGAAAGAUGAAUGGAUGGACAAGAGGAUGCCAGGAGGGGAGAAGGGGUAAAGGGACAAACAGCAGCAAGCAGGCAUCUCUCCUGAAACCACCGAACCAGCACAACACGGCAGCAACGCAGGAGGAACCUGAGGAUGAAAAAGCAGUCAACUUCUCCUACUUCGUGAGGACGCGUAACAAACGGCUAAGAAAAUCAACUGUCCAAAAACCAAAAAAUAAAAGGUUUUUACAUCACAGAUCUAACAUUUAAGCUACAAAGCUUCACCCACAAUGAAUCCACUGCUUGAUCAAAGCAACGACACUAUUUGGUUUCCAAUCUAAGCUGCAGUCCAUGCUCCUGUGAUGUCUGUCAUCACCCAAAACAAAAUCAAAUUGACCAAUGUUUCUCUCACUCUGAAUGACCAUUGACUCUAACUAGAGAGAGACUAUGCCAAAACAUAUCUUGAUUAAGGGUUGCACUAGAAGCUGAAUCAAUUAACACUAAUCUUAACGAUGUGCACUAUUUACCUACAAGGCAUGGGAGAUAAACCACACUUGCCUAUUAAGAGUUUUAAAGAGGAAAAACCGAGGUACAAGAAGCCUUUAACGUGUCCUCGACCCCCAUCGUUCAGUUUGACAAAUCAUUGGCCUCCGCCCAUUCUCAGAUCUCCCCGCGCAGCACACACUCACAAAGAUCACACGAUUUGUGCCAUGACCACAGCAUGUAUAUUGAAAACACACACAGUUGCCCAGUCAGACCUUUUAGAUUGUAGUAUUCAUAGGUGGUGGUGUUGUGUUAUCAUAUUUUUAUUUUAUAUGCAUACAGUAAGCCCAGUGAACUCUCGCUACCUAUUUGAUUAGAUAUCCAAACAUCACACACACACUGAAAAUCCCAGUGUGAGUACAUCGUUACUGACAGUUGUCACAACGAUAGGCCGCAGCUAUUGGUUCCCCCUUUGCCCUCUUGUGAUGUAGAUGAAUGAUUUUGUUAUCGCUUGUGUGUUCUCUUAUUUGAUUUUAUUCCUUUUGGAUUUGUACUAUUUUAUAAUUGUUUUGUAUUUGAAUGACAGCACCUUAUAGAGAAACACAGUAAGAGUUGGGAUGUUGAUGCGGCGUACACAGGGUGGUUAGCUGACCUGGAUCACAUAGUACAUGCGAACAGUUUGACAUUUGGGGAAAUACGCUUUCCUGCCGAGAGUGAGAUGACAAGAUUGAUGCCACUCUCAUCUCUGCACGUUGAAUCAGAAGCUACCACAAGCAGCCAGUUAGCUUAGCUUAGCAUAAAGGCUGGAAACUGGGGGGAAACAGCUAGUCUGGCUCUUUUCGUAGGUGACAAAAUCUGCAAACCAACACCUCUAAACCUGAUGUUAAUUAUGUUAACAUAUUGUUUGUUUUUUUUAUGUACAAGAACUGAAGUGUUUAAAUGAUAAUGAUGCUUGCAACACAGUUGCACAGCCUUAGAAGAGCUGGUAGGCAGAUUUUGUUACCUUUGAAAAGAGCUAUGCUAGCUGUUUCCCUGUUUCCAGUUUUUUAGCUAAGCUAACUACACAGCUCCUUCAUCUUUAACGGACAGACAUGAGAGUAGUGUCAAUCCUCUUGUCUAACUCUCGGCAAGAAAGCGAAUAAGAAUAUUUUCCGAAAACGUCAAACUGCGACGUGGUUUGUUUGUCGUCAGUGCCAGAUAAAACUACUUUCCACAUACUGUACCGGAAGACCACACAAUGCAGGGUUUUGACAAUCACAGGAAGCUUAUUUUCUGGGAACUUGCCUGCUGAACCAUACAGGUCUACAAAAAGCUAAAAUACUUCACGCCACAUCUACUGUUUGACCCAGGUACAGCUGGUGACCGGUGGUGAUAUAUGAGUGAAGGAGGGAAGGUUGCUGAAGGUGGGACCCAGAGUAAAAGAGAGAACAGCUCUUCUUUCUGUCUCCCUAAAGUUUACCCUGUUGUUUACACUCCCAGACGGGCCGCUGCUCCAAGAGCAGAGGGAGCCACACUGUGGAGCAAAAUGAAUAUGUGACAUAUCUGGCUGUUUUCGGAGAGAGAAUGAGGGCCUCUAAGGCUAGCAGUAGGAGGAAUGCCCAUGUGCCCAUUUUUGUUUCGGUGCACAAGAUCAGGUAAAGGAUAUCGGUUGCUAUGGUGACCC